GAAAGAUAUUUGUGUAACAAUAUUCAUACCCCCAUUCUAUUCUAGCUUGGGCGGCACGAAGAAUCUCCUAUACAAAUCCCCACACAAAAACCACCUUCUCCCCACUCUCCUCCAACCGCUAGGGUUUCACUCUCACUUUCAUUCACACACUCUGCAACCAGAUCUCACCGUCAAUGGCGGACGAACCAUCGCAACAACCACCGCCACCGUCAUCACCAUCCUCCACCUCCACCUCCGCCGCCGCGCCGCUCGGCCACAACGUCAUCCCGAUCGUCAACAAGCUGCAGGACAUUUUCGCUCAGCUCGGAACCUCCAAAACGAUCGAACUCCCUCAGGUCGCCGUUGUCGGCAGCCAGAGCAGCGGUAAGUCCAGUGUACUCGAAGCUCUCGUCGGCCGUGACUUUCUGCCUAGAGGAUCUGAUAUCUGCACUCGCCGGCCGCUUGUGCUGCAGCUUAUUCAGACGAAGCGGAAGCCUGACGGAAGUGAUGAGGAGUAUGGAGAGUUUUUGCACGUGCCUGGAAGGAGGUUUUAUGAUUUUAAUGAAAUUCGGAAAGAGAUUCAGGAUGUGACUGAUGUGGAAGCAGGAGGAAACAAGGGUGUCUCUGACAAGCAGAUCCGUUUAAAGAUCUUUUCACCUAAUGUACUUGACAUCACCCUGGUGGAUUUACCGGGUAUAACAAAAGUUCCUGUCGGUGAUCAGCCGUCCGACAUUGAAGCUCGUAUUAGGACAAUGAUAAUGUCCUACAUUAAGCUUCCUAGCUGUGUAAUACUAGCUGUCACACCAGCAAAUGCUGAUCUUGCCAAUUCCGACGCACUUCAGCUUGCUGGAAAUGCAGAUCCUGAUGGUUACCGCACAAUUGGUGUUAUAACAAAGUUAGAUAUUAUGGACAGAGGUACAAAUGCUCGAAAUUUUUUGCUUGGAAAAGUGAUUCCUCUUCGACUUGGCUUUGUUGGUGUUGUAAAUCGUAGCCAAGAGGACAUUAUGCUCAACCGAACCAUUAAAGAUGCACUAGUGGCUGAGGAGAAAUUCUUUCGCAGUCAUCCGGAGUAUCAUGACCUUGCAGAUCGUUGUGGUGUGCCACAACUGGCCAAAAAAUUAAACCAGAUUGUGGUUCAACAUAUCAACACAGUGUUACCAGGGUUGAAGGCACGUAUUAGCUCUCAAUUAGUUUCAGUAGCAAAAGAGCAUGCUAGUUAUGGAGAGAUUACAGAGUCAAAGGCUGGCAUGGGAGCCCUUCUUCUAAACAUACUUUCAAAGUAUUCAGAAGCAUUCUCUUCAAUGAUUGAGGGGAAGAACGAAGAGAUGUCAACAUCUGAGUUAUCUGGAGGAGCAAGGAUACACUAUAUAUUUCAGUCAAUAUUCGUCAAGAGUUUGGAGGAAGUGGAUCCUUGUGAGGACUUGACGGAUGAUGACAUCCGAACUGCCAUACAAAAUGCAACCGGCCCUAGAUGUGCAUUAUUUGUGCCUGAAGUUCCUUUUGAAGUUCUAAUUAGAAGACAAAUUGCUCGUUUGCUAGAUCCAAGCCUUCAGUGUGCAAGAUUUAUAUAUGACGAAUUGAUAAAGAUGAGCCAUCGCUGUAUGGUCAAUGAGUUACAGAGGUUUCCUGUUCUCAGGAAGAGGAUUGAUGAUGUUCUUGGGAAUUUCUUACGGGAUGGUCUCCAACCUUCAGAGACUAUGAUUGGGCACAUUGUUGAAAUGGAGAUGGACUACAUAAACACCUCGCACCCAAAUUUUGUUGGUGGGAGUAAAGCGGUUGAGAUAGCGUUGCAGCAAGUCAAAUCCUCUAAGAUUGCAUCAACAAUACCGAAGCAAAAGGAUGGAGCGGAGUCUGACAAAGUUCCACAAUCUGAAAAAGGUAUCAAGUCACGUGCAAUGCUUGCCCGACCUAAUGGAAUUGUCACAGAGCAGCAUAGUCAACCAGGGACUCGGGCUGUUGGUGAGGUUGAGAAGCCGAUUACCGGAAGCACGAGUUGGGGAAUCUCAUCUAUUUUUGGUGUUUCUGAUGGUCGUAAUUCUGUCAAAGAAAAUCCUGCAAACAAGCUAUUUAGUGAACCCAUUCAGGCUAUGGAUCAUGCAUUUUCUAUGAUCCAUUUAAGGGAGCCCCCUGCAGUUUUGAGGCCCUCAGAUGCUCAUUCGGAUCAGGAGUCUAUUGAGAUUCAUGUUACGAAACUGCUGUUAAGAUCAUAUUAUGACAUCGUUAGAAAGAACAUUGAGGACGCCGUGCCCAAGGCAAUUAUGCACUUUCUGGUUAACCAUACGAAAAGAGAGUUGCACAAUGUCUUCAUCAAGAAGUUGUACAGAGAUGAUAUGUUUGAGCAAAUGUUACAAGAACCCGAAGAAGUUGCUAGAAAGAGAAAACAUACUCGGGAUAGGCUACGUGCUCUUCAACAAGCUUUUCGGACAUUGGAUGAACUACCACUGGAAGCAGAAACUGUGGAGAGGGGUUACGGCUUGACAAAUAAUGACACAACGGGUUUGCCAAAGAUGCACGGGCUUCCCACAUCAUCGUUAUAUACUUCAAGCAGCGGUUCAUCUGAUUCUACAAAGAACCAGAGAUCGCGUAAGUCUAGUUAUUCAGGAGAGUUGCAGUCCCCAUUUUAUGGGAAUGUGGAAUCCAAUGGGAAUGGCCGCAACUCAUCUCUUGGUCUUUAUCCUACAAUUGAUUAGCUAGUUUGCAUAAAGAAAGAAGCAGAUUUACACAAUUCGUUUGGUUACGCAUUACUCGUGGUACCACCCUCAACCGCAACAAUAUUUACGUGAGGGUCUUUUUUUGUCUUUUUACGUUGUCCAUGUCUUUGGCAAUUAUCGUUUCGUUAUAACAUAUAGAUUACAUGAGUGCAUUGUUUUGGAGAGUUCAAUUAGCCAUUAGCCAUUUGGCAAAAUAUGAGUUUGCAAUUAACAGGAACUACAAAUAUUUAUUGAAUGUUUAAAUGAAUCAAAUAAAACACAGAUAUGUUUGUAUAUGAA